ACACCCUCCGUGCUUCUCACAGAGUCAGUGCAUACGUCUUCUUCACCAAAUCAAAAACGCAGAGUGUGUGACGGUUACUGAAUUCUGAGAAUGGCGUCGUCGUCGUCGUCUCCAUCUAAUUCACCUCAUUCACGUAUCUCGUCCAGCUCUUCCUCAUUUUCGCAGUCGAAUUUCUCCCACCUACCUGUGAUGUCUCUCAGGAAGAAGAUCGUCGAGAAGAUUCAAGAAAAUCGCGUCACGCUCAUCGUCGGCGAGACCGGCUGCGGAAAAAGUUCACAAGUUCCACAGUUUCUUCUGGAAGAAAACAUGUCACCCAUUCUGUGCACACAGCCUAGGAGAUUUGCUGUCGUUGCUGUUGCGAAAAUGGUUGCAAAAGCUCGAAAUUGUGAAUUGGGAGAAGAAGUUGGAUAUCAUAUUGGACAUUCAAGGCACUUCUCAGCAGGUUCAAAGAUUGUUUUUAAAACUGCUGGAGUGUUGUUGGAUGAACUGCGAGAGAAGGGCUUAACUGCACUGAAGUACAAGGCUGUUAUUCUUGAUGAAGUACAUGAAAGAUCAGUGGAGUCUGAUCUCGUCCUUGUUUGUGUGAAGCAGUUUUUGUUAAAGAACAAUGAACUAAGGGUGGUUUUGAUGUCUGCAACUGCUGAUAUUUCUAGAUACAGGGAUUACUUUAGGGAUCUUGGCAGAGGCGAACGAGUUGAAGUACUUGCGAUUCCUAGCUCAAAUCAGAAAAUUGUUUUUCAGCGAAGUGUUUCAUAUAUUGAGCAGGUAGCUCAAUCUCUUGGGAUAAGUUCUGAAUUAAUGCGUUCAACAUAUUCUCGUGAUCUAGAUCCUUCCACAGCCAAUGUUUCCAUUAAGUCUGAAAUGCACCAGCUUAUUCAUGAUCUGGUGUUUCAUAUCCAUGAGAAUGAGCCAGAUAUCGAGAAAAGCAUUCUGGUUUUCCUUCCAACCUACUAUUCAUUGGAGCAACAAUGGCGCCUUCUGAAGCCACUUGAAUCAACUUUUGAAGUUCAUAUCUUACAUCGUAGCAUUGAUACUGAACAAGCUCUCAUGGCUAUGAAGAUUUGUAGGUCACAUCGAAAGGUAAUAUUGGCUACCAAUAUUGCUGAAUCUUCUGUGACAAUACCUAAAUUGGCUUUUGUCAUUGAUUCGUGCCGAUCAUUACAAGUGUAUUGGGACAAGUCCCGGAAAAAGGAAUUUACAAAGCUGGUUUGGGUUUCCAAGUCUCAGGCUGAACAGCGUAGAGGAAGAACUGGUCGAACUUGUGAUGGCCAAGUUUAUAGGUUGGUUACUGGAUCGUUUUUCAACAAGCUUGAGGAUCAUGAGAGUCCAGCUAUUCUUAAAUUAUCAUUGAGGCUGCAAGUUCUUUUGAUGUGCUGUGCUAGAUCUAAGGCUAUCAAUGAUCCCAAUGUUCUGUUGCAAAAAGCUCUAGAUCCACCAGAUCCUCAAGUUGUUGAAGAUGCAUUGAAUUCGCUUGUUCAGAUACAUGCACUGGAAAGGACACCUCCGAGGGGACGUCAUGAACCUACAUUUUAUGGACGAUUACUUGCUAGUUUUCCUUUGUCUAUUGAUACUUCUGUUCUAGUCCUUAAGUUUGGAGACAUUGGUAUGCUACGUGAGGGCAUCCUGCUGGGUGUAAUGAUGGAUACACAGCCUUUACCCAUUAUUCAUCCGUUUGGAGAGGAAGAGUUGUUUUGGAAGUACAUUGGUUGGUAUUAUGGUGAACGAACAAUCUUAACUGGUCGAAAGGAGAUGGAAUUUGUGGCUAACUUUUGUGCUUUUGAGUUUUGGCAGCAUGUUUUCAGGGAUGAGUACCGGCUAGAACAUUUGAAGCACGUUCUGAGGACUAAUAAUGUAUAUCCUGCCACACAACUGAUGCCUAAGCAUGAGGAAGAUUGGUGUUCUUUACAUAAUCUCUCCCGGUCAUCUCUUCAUCAACUGUGGGAAAUUUAUAAUGAUGUGCUAAAUUCAGUACAUCGCUACCGGCCAAAGUUUUUGAGCUCUUUUCAUGGCCCACCACCUUAUUAUGAUCCUUAUGAAUUCAAACACACAUGCCUGUUCAGAAGUCAGCCAAAUAGACAUAUAGAUGUAGUUGCUGGAGAUGAGGAAGGCCUUGAACCAUCAAGUGAAACAAAAAAAUGUGUUACGGUACCAUAUGUCACAUCAAAUCACUUUCACAGUUACGAUGUGGCAAAAGUGUUUGCUGCAAUUAUAAAAGAGAUAAGAGCUCAAUACCAAGAGGAUGCUCAUCGACCUGAAGGUGUUGACGUUGAUAAUUUUCUUGUCAAUAGGGAGGCUUCUACUUGUGUAUAUUUCAUCCGUGGAUCCUGCAAUAGAGGCAGUAAAUGUUCAUUUUCUCACUCAUUUCAAGCUAAGAGACCCCAGUGCAAAUUCUUCUUUUCCUUGCAGGGUUGCCGAAAUGGAGAGUCUUGUUUAUAUUCACAUGAUAUGGAUCGAUCAGCAGUGUCAUUCAGUUCAAACGUCUGCCUGCCAGAAGAUAAUGACGUGAAUGCUGCAUCUCUUCUAAGUCUAUUUCCCAAAUCUACCAACAGAUCAAUUCUUAUAUUGGAUGACACUGAUUUGCAUUUCUCUUCAUGCCUUGCUUCCUGCUAUGAUCCAUCCAAAAUAAUUUCAACUUCACGUUUGGCAGAAACAACCAUAUCGGAAUCAUCACUUGCAGGAGUUAGAAUUUUAUGGGGUCUAUAUCACCCAUACCAAACAAUCAUUUCCAAAGCAGGGCAGACCCUUAUUCCUUGGAAUGAAGUUCAAUGUGUGCUGUGGUAUCCUUGCCUUGAUAGCUAUGGUGAAGAUUUGGAUGGUCAAAAGCAGGCUUUGCGGAACUUUUUUGAGUAUCUAGCCAUUCGAAUUUUGGCUGAUGAUCUGUAUGAGGUGCAAGUUAUCAUAACCAUGAACAAUAUCAGAUUUUCCCAACUUCAGGUAGAAAACUUGGGAAGAGACUGUUUCUUUAUCCUUGAAGAGUCGUUUGCUUUUGACGAAACAAGCUUUGGGGCAUUAUAUGACGCAGCUCCCUCUAAGAAGCCAAUGUUGAUAUCAAGGCCUUUCUCAUAUGUUUUUGGCCUGCAUCCUCCGGCUGCCAAACUUUUCGGUGACUAUGCUGCUACUAUUAAAAAGCAUCUGUAUCAUAUGACGGAGGCUUAUGGUGUAUAAAAUUCAGAAAAACUAAUAAUGGGCUUAUGGUGUAUAAGUUUGAGCUUAUCUGGAGGCUUAGGAAUUCAGUUGUAGGUAAUAUAUAGUUUUAAUUUUAUGUUGAUAGUACAUAUUGUAUGCGUAUAUAAUGCUUUCUUGACACUAACUUCUUGAAAUUCUGUAGUAAAGCUUCC